GUGUUGUUCACUUUACAAUCACUCAUUGAAAACCUGCACAAUCUGUUCCAUUGCUGGAUCUCCCUCUCAGACUGGAUUGAACACAAUGCCAAGCAGCCUCCUGGGUUCAACACUGUCCCCAACCUCAACACCUCUGUGUUUUCACCAAAAGCUCAAGAAUUUCAACCCCAUAAGAUGCAGCCAUGGAGUUCAUGAGAAUGGAUCGGCUUUUCACCCGGAAAAGAGCGCCGCUCUGGGUACAGGAACAGGAACAGGAUCCGGAUCCUGCAGGCCUCCAAGGCCGCGCAGGAUCAUACUGGUUAGGCACGGACAGAGCGAGGGGAAUGUGGAUGAGAGUAUGUACACGAGGGUGGCUGAUCCGAAGAUUGGCCUGACCCAGAAAGGGAUGGGCGAGGCGUUGGAUUGUGGGAGGAGGAUCAGGGAACUGCUGGAGAAGGACGAGGUAGAUGACUGGAAGGUUUACUUCUAUGUCUCACCUUAUAGAAGGACGCUGGAAACUCUGCGAAACGUCGCCAAGGCCUUCGGGCGCACGAGGAUUGCUGGAGUGAGGGAGGAGCCUCGCCUGCGUGAGCAAGAUUUCGGAAACUUUCAGGACAGGGAGAAAAUGAGAAGAGAGAAAGCAAUUCGCCAACUCUAUGGCCGCUUCUUCUACCGCUUUCCAAAUGGAGAGUCAGCUGCAGAUGUUUAUGAUAGGAUAACAGGAUUCAGAGAGACUCUGAGAGCCGACAUUGACAUUGGCCGUUUCCAGCCACCAGGCGAACAAACUCCCAACAUGAACCUGGUGAUAGUAUCACAUGGCCUGACGAUACGGGUGUUCUUGACAAGGUGGUAUAAAUGGACAGUGGAACAAUUUGAGGGACUAAAUAACCUCGGGAAUGGAAAUAUGAUUGUGCUGGAAAAGGGUUAUGGGGGCAGGUACAGCUUAUUGAUGCAUCACACAGAAAAAGAGCUAAGAGAGUUUGGUUUAACUGAUGAAAUGCUGAUUGAUCAGGAAUGGCAAAAAAUGGCAAAGCCCGGGGACGUGAACUACCACUGUCCAAUGACUGGCUCAGCGUUUUUCACCCAUUUUGAUGAUGAAGAUGAUAAAGUAUUAGCCACGGAAUAAUUAUACUUACCCGGUGUUGGAAACUAGGCAUGCAGUGACACAGAAGGACUCCCUGGAAACGCUUACUUGAGCAGCAUGAACUCGUUCCCGUGCAGCCAUUUGGCAAUAUGGUUUUUCUGAUCCACAAGUGAAAUAACAAUCCUGCAAUAACACCAGCAGUAGUAAAUAGUUUUCAAUGAAAACCAUAAAUCCCUAGCUGUAACUGAAAGGUGGUUAUCAAUGAACAUGCAGUUUACAUGCAAGAGUGAAUCUUAGGGUUACUUUUCCUUUGAUCUAGGCUGACAAAAGUUCUUUUUUCGAAAAAUUAUCCUAAUCAUUAACUCUGGGAUGCGUUUAUGAGGAUAUCCAUUUUGACCUUUCUACAACAACAAAGAACAAAUCCAAGAGUCAUCUAAGUCACUUUAAACAUAGCCAAAAAU